CUCACUAGUGCAGUCUCAGGGGAGUUUGACGCGCCUUCAGCAGCACAAGCAGCACUUUGUCUCCGCGGAGGGGGGUGUUGACAGGAGGAGACCGAGGGGGAGGUGAAGGUGGACUCAAUUGGACUGGCCCGGUUCACUUUGCACCGCAGAGCCCGAAGAAGGACGCGGACAGCGGAGGCCAGAGAAGAGGAGCGGAGGGCGGGAGAAAAGGGGAUCAACGUGAACCGAUACAUCGGGGUACCCCUCUUUCGGAUUGGGAUACGAAGGGACACCGGGGCGGGGAGGAGGGGGCCCGCAUGAUUCCUCACAAUCAGGCUGUGAUGAUGGUGGUGAUGCACCGGGAGCAGAGCGGAGGAUUCCUGCAGAGCCCGACACACUGCACCACAACCCCGCACCCGAGUGUGAGCUGCUGCAGGGUCAGGCGCUUCUGUUUCUCCCCAUCUGAGCCCCACCAACAAAAACACGGAUUUUCAGACACAAGCUUCACACAAACAACCGGGUAACAGACUACCAGAUUCCAUUCAGCCUUCACCGUGUCUGGGGCGGAGAUUUUGAGAAAGGGAAAGCUUUACUGCACCGGUGUGGGGUGCAUGCUCCGGUUGUUUUGCGCUAAGACAAGAGGGGGAAACAUGUUGGUUCGAUGCUACCGAGGCAAGCUGUCGGUGUGGGCCGCUCUGUGCGUGCUGGUGCUCUGCUGGUUCUACAUCUUCCCCGUCUACAGACUCCCCCGCGAUAAGGACAUCGUGGAGGAGGUGCUGAGGCAGGGGGAGGCAUGGCAGAAGAACCAGACGGGCAUCGAUCACUACAGGAAGCUGCUGACGGAGUGCUGCGAGCCGCGGAAGAUGUUUGCGGUGACCAAGGAGAACUCGCCGAUGGGCAAAGUCCUGUGGUACGAUGGAGAGUUCUACCACUCGCGCACUGUCAACAAUGAGACCUACCCCCUCUUUGUGCAGGAAAACCCCCUGCAGCUGCCCCUGAAGAAGUGCGCCGUGGUGGGCAAUGGUGGCAUUCUCCGGAACAGCAAAUGUGGACGAAACAUCGACCAGGCCGACUUCGUCCUGCGGUGCAACCUGCCGCCGCUUUCAAAGGAUUAUGUGGAGGAUGUGGGAACCAAGACGCACAUGGUCACUGCCAACCCCAGCAUUGUAGAGAAGAGGUUUCAGAACCUCCUGUGGUCCAGGAAAGCGUUCGUGGACAGUAUGAAGGUGUACGGCUCCAGCUACAUCUACAUGCCAGCAUUCUCCAUGAAGCCCGGCACUGACCCCUCGUUGCGGGCCUACUACGCCCUGGCCGACACCUCCUCCAACCUCACCAUGCUCUUUGCAAACCCAGAAUUCCUGCGCUCGGUGGGUAAAUUCUGGAAAGGGCGCGGGGUGCAUGCCAAACGGCUCUCCACGGGGCUGUUCCUGGUCUCGCUGGCCCUGGGGCUGUGCGAGGAGGUGACGGCCUACGGGUUCUGGCCCUUCUCCGUGGGCCUGGACGAGCAGCCGGUCAGCCACCACUACUACGACAACAUCCUGCCCUAUAAGUGGUUCCACGCCAUGCCCGAGGAGUUUGUCCAGCUCUGGCAGCUGCACAAAAGCGGCACGUUGCGCAUGAGAGUGGGAUGCUGCCCCCCUCAGGAAUGAGGGAGUUAGAGCCUCCUGAUGGAGCGAUAGCGGUCAGUUCAGUGGGCUACAGGAAGCAGAGGAGGAUUGUAAAGCGGUAGGAAGUUAGUGCGCAUAUUUCCUCAGAGGAACCUCUGCACUCUUUCCACACACACUCCUGCUGCCCCCCACCAGAGCUAAUCCCUAAUUAUCAUAACAAAGUCCUCCACCCAAACCAGCAGCAUCGGGGCACACAUUCACACAAACAUGCCAUAUCUCCUCUCAAUUCGGAAAUGGUGUGUGUUUAUGGUAUGUUGUGGAAAGCCUCAGCUGGUAAGGUGUGGGGUUAGAUGGGUGGGGGAUGUUUUAGUUUUUUUUUUUGUGCUGACUAAUGUAUCUGAAUGACAUAUGGGGCAGCUGGACCAAACCCCCCCUCUGGGUCUUUUCAAACAGAGACAGAAGGAGCUGAGGACCAGGGGGGAUAAUAAAAGGCACUGAAAGGCAGGCGAAAUGCGAACAAGGGAGAGAUAAUGGAAUCCGGGUACCUAGUAGCUUGAAUAGGACUGAAAUGUAAUGGAGGAGGGAAACAAGGACUGGCAGGGGGGAGAGAAGAGUGGAAGCUGGCUGGUAUGUGCAUGAAAGGAUCUUUCUCUCCCUGCUUUACUUCAACCAAGCGCUUCAUUGGCAUUUUCUGGUGCCAAAUAGAGCGUCAGUUCAGGAGCCAUUAGAAAUGGAGUCUUAAGUAAUAUACAUCCCAGAAUGUUUAGCCAAGUUGCAUUUGAACACUUCACUGGAAAGGGACAUUGAGUAAACCAUUUAUUGUUUUUGACAAAAUUGUGAUUGUUGGGAUUAAUGUGAAUUGUGCUAUUUUUCCGGUUCCUCCGUGGCCAGGACAGAAGAGAGAAUCGACAGAUGUAGUAAUAAGACAUGUUUUGCAAACUAACCUCACACAUAGGUACCUCACCUGGAAGCGGACAUCCUCACUGACUUUAUGGUACAAUUCACUCUCAAGAAGGCUCCUUGGUUUGAAGAAAAUCUGAGUCAUCUUGGAAUCUGUACUAUACUUGCCAAGGGAACAGAGCUCUCUUUGAUGCCCACUCUGACACUGUCCUUGUUCUCUCAAAUGGAGAGACACUGAUAUAAAGAGAGGAAGUGACAGAAAAAGACUCAAUCUCACAAAGUGGCAUUUACAGUAAGUGGCUGACUUGUUCGUGCAGUUAUUAUAAUUGUUGCGUCCGGGUGCAGGGAGAACUGAGCCUCUGUCCUGUGCAUCUUUUAUAGUUGUGAUUUGUAUUUGUUUGUGCACAAGGGAAAAACAACUCGCUGAUGUAGAAGCUAACACUACGAACACAAUCGUUGUUGUUUUUUGUACUUGCAGGCCUUGCAGAUGGAAAAUGUGAUAUGAAAUGUCUUUAAGAGUGAUAAAUGUGACGGUGCCAUAUUGUCGAUACUUCAACACAGGAUCACUCUGCAUGGACAGUGCAUGGAGUGUCCCACUAUCCUUGAAAAUACUCCUUAAGACUCAAGGUACGGAACAUGUUAAUAGUUUAGUGAUUGAUGCUGUGACUCCUCUGUUAAGCUGUAAAAGGUCCAGUGCCUUUUGAGACAUAUUAAGGCAUAAAGGAUCAUCUAAACAAGGGAUAUCUCCAAAGCUGACCAUGCUCUUAAAUGUUUUAUUGUUUUAUUUUGGCCCUGCGGAUCAAUCGUUGAUAUUGAAUAACUUAGAAGAACUACAAACUGCUGGACCAAGUUUUUUUUUAAAACAUUCGGGUCCAAACGCAGCAUGUGGUUCAAAACUUGAUCAACACUUUUAGCUAUGUUUCUUAUUUGCACCUUUCUGUUUUCUCUCUCCUGCCCAGUAUUGUGAAUGAGUGACACUGGACAGAGUGUGAAUUGUAUAUCGAGCAUGAGGAUUUUUAAAUGUGUACGUGCUUUUUGUACACAUGUUUUUGUAUCUAUUCCCAUUACUGUCUGAUUCGGGCCUUUAUUCCAUCCUCUGAGUUUUCUUAUCAAAAGGGAGUUGAAUCUGUGACUUGAAGGUCUAUGUUUGAAACGCUUUAUUUUGUUGAUUUUGCAUGGAGGAACUUAUAAGAGCAAUCUCACCAUCGCAAUGAGGGCAGAAUAUCAUUUAUUUACAUUCCAACUGAAGGUUCCUUAUCAAGAGGCUGAACACGCCACUAUGUUCUUGACAGUUUUAUGGUUGUGUUUUAUCACUUAUUGUUGCAUUGGGAAGGUACUGUUACGCUUUUUUGCUGAGAAGAUUUACACCACUUCUGUAUGUCAAACAUGGAGCUAGCAGCCAGUUAGCUUAGCUUAUUGAAAAUUGGAAACAGUGGGAAACUGCUAGUUUUACUUAGAAUUUACAUUAAAACAAGAUCACAACUUAAAAAAAUACACAAGAAAAUAUCAACACAGAUUAGAUUUACAAUUUCACAGUUGUGGUUUUUUGCAAUAAAUCUCCCAAUGUGGCUAUGAGCUUGGCGGUUUAAUAACCGCCAAGCUCAUAGCCACAUUGGGAGCCAUGAUCGAUCCUUCGGAUUGUAGGGAUUACGUUUAAAACAAAGUUACAGUGAUAACGAUAUUUAACUGGCUGCUUGCUGUUGCUUCAUAUUUGUUUCAAAGUGUUUCUUUAAAGCUGUCAUGGAGUCUGUGAAACUAAAGUUGAACGGCAGAUAGAAAUGGCAGUAUUGUCCAUUGUAUUGUACACACUUCUGAAUCUGCGGUAUGUGUGACCGCAGGGAGACCAAUUUGUUCGAGUCUGUUCCUGGAAAGGUCACAUGUUUGAUUCCAGUCGCAGCCAUAUUACCAGCUGAUCUCUGACGUGAUUAUCACUAUGAGAAGGGCCACUGUGUUCGUGCACAUCGAUCCGUUCCGUAGCCUUCCUUCAUGUCAUGAUGGUGAAGUCUUCUAAUAUUUGUCGUGGGUUUAACACGAUGUGGAGAUCGUUAUUGUUCAAAGUUUUUAUAUCAUAUCUUCACCUGGGCUCAUGCUGACACAAAUCAAUCUAAAGUGGGUCAAACAGUUGAUGCAAACACAUCUUUUGCAUUUGUUUUAAUCCGAUUAAAUUACUGCAUUUUUUUUAUUUUGAAAGCCAAUUAUGUAGGAUUUAUAAUGCAAUACAAUUAUAGCAUUUUUCAAAUUAUUUGAUUGACUUUCUUUCUUUAAACGUAAGACAUUGAUGCAGUAUUUCCAAGUUACUCUAUACUAUUAGAUUAAUAAUUUGUAAAGACGGUUUGACUCACUUUUUGAUAUCAGUCAGGAGGGCUCAUCUUUCUUACAUAUUUAAAUAGUUGAUGUUUUGCCAAGCUUUGUUAUUUUAAACAACGGAUGUAAAUGUGCUUUUUUUUUGCCUUGACAGUCUGAAUUUUAUACAUAUAAAAAAACGUCUUGAUGGUAUUGCUGUUUGCGCCACCCCCACUGUCACCUCCUGUGCUCAUUCAUGUCAUCUGAUUUAAAGAAUCUGAGCAUGUUAACAAAUAAAAGUAACAGAUUGGAUGUGCCAUCUGGAUUAAACUGUGAAGGAUGAAUAAGUGAAAACAACCAUAUCCAUAUAAAAGUCAAACUGGUAUCAAAUAAAAGGAAAAUGUUUCCACUGUG